AUGGACGCGACUGCUGCUCGCCCGCCUCCUCCGCCUCCAUGUCGCUACCUUCCUGGCGAUGCUAACUGGCCCAGCUCUGCCGCAUGGGCGUCUCUGAACUCAUCCGUCCAUGGCCGACUUAUUGCGACCGUUCCUAUCGGAACACCGUGCCACGAUCCCAAAUACAACCAGGCCGUUUGUGCGCAAUUGCAAUCCAAUUGGGAACUGCCGCAAACACACUAUACGACGUCGUCGUCAUUGAUGCAGCCCUUCUUCGCCAACCAGAGCUGCGAUCCCUUCACUCCCGAGUCUAAGAAGUGCGUUCUGGGCAACUACGUCAGCUACGCUGUCAACGUCACUUGUGACGCUGAUGUCCAGGCCGCCCUGGCUUUCGCAACCAAGUACAACAUCCGCGUGGUUGUGCGCAACACUGGCCAUGACUUCUUUGGUCGUUCUACCGGUGCUGGCGCUCUCGGCAUCUGGACCCAUAACCUGAAGAACAUCAGCAUCUCGAACUACUCCAGCAAGAACUACACCGGCCCUGCUAUGAAGGUAGGCGCUGGUGUCCAAGGCUACGAAAUGCUCCAGGCUGCUCACAGCCAUGGCUACGUUGCGGUGUCUGGCGAGUGCCCAACCGUUGGCGUCGCUGGAGGCUACACGCAGGGUGGCGGUCACUCUGCUCUGAGCACCAGCUUUGGUAUGGGCGCGGAUCAGACACUGGAAUUCGAGGUUGUCACUGCGGCUGGCAACAUCCUUACUGCUUCUCCGUCCCAGAACAGCGACUUGUACUGGGCUCUGAGUGGAGGCGGCUCCGGAUACGGUGUCGUUACGUCUAUGACUGUCAAGGUUCAUCCCGGAGCUACCAUCGGCGGUGCUACAGUAACCAUCGCAGCCGCCACCACCACACAGGCUAACUUCAACAAGCUUGUGUCUGGAUUCCAUGCCCUGCUGCCUGCCAUGAUUGACAAGGGCGCCAUGGUGAUUUACCUUGUCAACAACGAGAUCUUCAUGCUCAACCCAGUUACCGUCUACAACUCCACAGCCGACUACGUCCAGAACACUGUCCUGGCGGAUUUCAAUGCCCUGCUCAGCCAGCUUGGAAUUACUCCCGUGGCCUCCCAGUACACCGAGCUUUCAUACUAUGACCACUACAACACCUACAUGGGCCCGCUUCCCAACGGAAACCUUGCUGUCGGAGACUACAACUACGGCAGCAGAUUGAUCCCCCGCAGCGUCCUCGAGAACAACAACGAUGCUUUCCAGGCUGUCCUGCAAAACCUUACCGCACACGGCGUUCUGGCUGUUGGCAGUUCCGCAAACUACGGUGUCCAGCCCCACGCCAACAACGCAGUUAACCCUGUCUGGCGAACCACAACGGUGCACCUGCAGAUUGGCACUCCUUGGAACAACACCGCGCCGUGGUCACAGAUGAUUGCGGACCAGAAGACUAUUACCAAUGAGUAUGUCCCGCAGCUUACUGCUGUGACACCUGGUAGCGGUGCGUACAUGAACGAGGGUGAUUUCCAGCAGCCCAACUGGCAGCAGACAUUCUUCGGCACCAACUACAACACUCUUCUUUCUAUCAAGAAGAAGUAUGACCCUAACUCUCUCUUUUAUGGCCUCCGCCUUGUGGGCAGCGAAGCCUGGACUGUCGGCAACGACGGAAGAAUGUGCCGUUCCUAA